AUGGCGGCCACAGAAAUUUCUCUGUCGGACAUUCCCGAUGAUUUCGGAAUUAGCUAUCUUAAUAAGCACGUAUCCCUUCGCAGAAAACAAAAGGCUCAAGCUUUUGUAAGCGGAUGCUAUGUAGAAAGAGUUAAGUUUUAUAAAAUCAGCGAGAACAUUGUCCAAAUCGGCGGGGAAGUGUACCCGAGUGUAAAGAAAAAUGAACAAAGGCACGUCGUUAGUUUGGAUGUUGAUGUUAAAGAAAAAGUGAUUGUUGAAGGGUAUUGUCGAUGUCAACAAGGGGAUGGUGGUACAUGCUCACACAUUAUUGCCAUUUUGUACCUCAUAGAGCAGUGGAAAAUUAUUGGCUACAAGGAUGUAUCUGCAUUGCUCUCAUCGACAAGUUUGCCACAACAAUGGGACAGGCCACGUGGCGGAAAAAUCAAAUCGGAACCAGUGUCCCAAAUGGUGAUUGCGAGACCUACAAAUUUGACACGUAAACGAAAGCCAGUCAUGACAGAGUUCAAGGACAAUAGGAAAAUCCCUGUUACAAAUGACUGUAUCUCAGCUUUGAAACAACUUAAUGGAUCUCCAAUUUCAUACUUAGUAGAAGAAUCAAGUACAAGUACAAAAUAUACCGACACACAUAUAGGUCCACAAGUUGUAGGAAGUGGAUUGUCUUACCAUGCCAAUUUGAUGGAAUGUGUACAUGAGCCAAGGAAAGAAAAUGGGUGUGGAGAUAUUACAAUUCCUGCUGAUGUACAGUUAGACGGUGAAGCGGAGAAGAACAUUAGUGAAAAUGCUUCAUCAUGGGCACACUUGAGAAUUACCAGUGAAGACGCGCAAUCUAUAGAGAGAAAAACUAGAAUGCAGAGUGGUUCGAAGGACUGGCACGAACAUAGGAAAAACAGAAUAACUGCUUCCGUGUUUGGUUCAAUUAUUAAAAGAAAAAAAGAAGUAAAUGAAAGCUUUCUAAAAAACACAUUCUGCCAGAAACCAUUUGUUUCUAAGCCAACAAGCUAUGGCCAAGUACAUGAAAAAACAGCAAAAAUCCUGUAUGUAAAGAAAACAGGAAAUCAUUUACAUGAUGUUGGUUUAGUAGUGAACCCAACUUUUCCUUUUUUAGGGGCCACACCGGAUGCUCUAGUUUGCGCAGGUGGCAGUACUGGUUUGGUAGAGGUCAAGUGCCCAUACUCGGCAAGAAAUUAUUCGGUGUUGCAAGCAAUUCAAAGCAAUGUUAAGGACUUUUGCUUGAUCCAAACUGGAGAGAAUAUUGAGCUCAACAGAAAUCAUGCAUAUUAUUUUCAGGUACAAGGCCAGUUACUUGUGACCGGAAUGCCAUUCUGUGAAUUUAUUGUUUAUUGCAAUGAAGACAUAUUUGUACAAAGGAUUGAACCUGACCGAGACAUAAUGCUCACUAUUUUAAAGAAAAUGACAGACUUUUACAUUAAAAAUUUUAAGCCCUACAUGGAAAGCUUGAAGUAAACGGUCUGAACCUAGAAACAUGACACUUUAUACAUACCAUUGUUUUGUGAUUUGC